AAAAAAAUACCCUUUAAUAAAAAAAAAAAAAGUUGUAAACAAGAACCUAGAGGGAAGAAGAAAAGCAAACUUGAGAAAGUCUGGUUGGUUCUGUCAGAUGGCCUCCUCUUCUUCUUCCCAUGACACACGCAUUCCUUUCCUCUCGGACUCAGACCCUGGUGCUAAACCCCUAGACCAUGAAGCCCAAUCAUCACUGGUUCCUGUUCAUCUUGUUACUGAGGCUUCUCAACUUCCAGCUGAAUUCCUUAACCCUUCACCUGAGCGGCAAUUGAUCAUUGGGUUUGAUUGUGAGGGUGUUGACCUGUGUUGCCAUGGAACUCUUUGUAUUAUGCAGCUUGCUUUUCCAGAUGCCAUAUUUUUGGUUGAUGCCAUUCAGGGUGGAGAUAUGCUUAUGAAAGCCUGUAAGCCUGCACUUGAAUCUGCUUACAUCACAAAAAUUAUUCACGAUUGCAAGCGAGACAGUGAGGCAUUGUACUUUCAGUUUGGCAUCAAGUUGCACAAUAUUUUUGAUACCCAGAUUGCUUAUUCUCUGAUAGAGGAGCAAGAAGGACGGACUAGAUUGCCGGAUGACUAUAUAUCUUUUGUUGGCCUCCUUGCAGAUCCACGCUAUUGUGGCAUAUCAUAUUUGGAGAAGGAAGAGGUUCGUGUGCUCCUUCGACAGGAUCCUAAUUUCUGGAUGUAUAGACCAUUGUCCAACAUGAUGAUCCGUGCGGCUUCAGAUGAUGUUCGAUUUCUUCUUUAUAUCUAUCAUAAAAUGAUGAAGAAACUAAACCCAAGAUCCUUAUGGUACCUAGCAGUUCGCAGUGCUCUGCAUUGCCGAUGUUUCUGCAUCAAUGACAAUGAUUUUGCUGAUUGGCCAUCUGUCCCUCCCAUUCCAGAUAACCUUAUAGCAGAGGGUAAUAAUCCUGAGGAGGAAAUCCUUUCAGUUCUCGAUGUUCCCCCUGGAAAGAUGGGACGUGUUAUUGGAAGACGAGGGGCCUCCAUUGUGUCAAUAAAGGAAUCUUGCAAUGCGGAAAUUUUCACUGGGGGUGCAAAGGGUCCACCAGACAAGGUAUUCAUAAUUGGACCAGUGAAACAGGUAAGGAAAGCGGAGGCUAUGUUGAGGGGGAGAAUGCUGGACAUGUUUUAGGGAACAUUGAUUGUCAAGCAUCUCAACUGAAUCUUCAGAACAAAUACAAGUUCCCAUGCAUCGAAUUCGCAGCUUAAAUUUUCUCCCUUUCUGAUUUACCAUGAAAAUCAUUUGCACUUUUUAUGUGGAUGCUGGUUUGAUACAGAUACCAAAACUUAUGUUGUUUGAGGCAAUGAAGAAAAUUUGAAA